ACCACCGCGUACCGGGCCCGGUAGCCAGCACGGCCCUCAGGAAGCAGAGGCAGGGGGCCCUUCCGGAGGGCGAGGCACGGCGGGGGCUGUAGUCCGCCCCUCGCCGCCGGCGGGGCGGGACCCCCUGGGCUCUGCCCCCCACCGCAACGGGACCCCUUGGCCGCCUUCCCCCUCUCAGGGGCGGGCCGCGGGCGGCACCGCUCCCCCGGCUGGGCCCGCCGAGCGGAGGAAGAGGAGGAGGAGGAGGAGGGGAAGGAGGAAGGACUACAUUUCCCGGCGGCCCCGAGGGGGCCGGGGCGGGUACAAAGUGGGCGCUACCUGCCUCGGCAGGUGAGUGGGUGGCUGGUCGGGACAGGGGUUCUUUUUCUCUGUCCCUUCCUCAGGUGUCGGCCACCGCCAGCCCGGCCGGGCCGGCUCCGCUCCCCCGCUCCCCGCCCGGUGCGCCGCAGGCCCGCCCGGGAGUCGCCAUGCCUUUCUCUAGCUCCGGCGCGGAUGAUGCCUUCGAUUACCUCUUCAAAAUUAUCCUGAUCGGGGACUCGAACGUGGGGAAGACCUGCGUGGUGCACCGCUUCAAGACGGGGCAAUACAACGAGAAGCAGCAGAACACCAUCGGCGUCGACUUCACUGUGCGCUCGAUGGACAUCGACGGCAAGAAAGUGAAGAUCCAGGUGUGGGACACAGCUGGUCAGGAACGCUUCCGGACAAUAACCCAGUCAUACUACAGGAGUGCCCAUGGGGCCAUCCUUGCCUACGAUCUUACCAGGAGGUCCACGUUCGAAUCCAUUCCUCACUGGAUUCACGAAAUUGAAAAGUAUGGUGCUGCAAACUUGGUCAUUAUGUUAAUUGGGAACAAGUCAGAUUCCCUGGAUAAGCGCCAAGUCCUGUUUGAAGAUGCCUGCACGCUGGCAGAGAAGCAUGGGCUCUUAGCUGUACUGGAGACAUCAGCAAAAGAAGCUCAAAACAUUGAAGAGGUGUUCACCUUAAUGGCCAAGGAGCUAAUCGCCCGGAAUACCUUACAGCUUCAUGGAGACAGCCCUCCGAACAGCAUCUAUCUUGAUUCCAGGCCUGUGAUUGCCAGUCCAAGUGUGGAGAAGACCCAGUGCCUCUGUUGAAGAGAGAUUUCAGGAAGAGCUUGGAAGUCCUUAUUCUUCUGAGGCGGUUUGAUUUCAUUUUAUUCAGUUGAUGAAAGUGUGCUACAUGGCCUCAAGCCAUUUCUCUUGACAUCUCUGCCUUGCAGUUUGGCUUGUAAGUACCUCUGGAGAUGGUUGUUGCUGUUGAUAGCACAGGCUGCCUCGAACAUGGCAGCUGAUACUUUAACGUGAACUCCUGAGCUGAGAAGACUCAGGAAGCUGCAAGCCCUUGCCUUAACCAAAGAGAACUGUGAAAACUAUUGCCUUUAAUUAUAUCCUUAAAUGAUUUUCUGGCUGUGUCAGAAGAUAAAUUUGUACCAGAGAUCUGCAUUGAUUUGACCUUCUAAGCUCUGUUGGUUGUUGUAGUGCAAGCACUUUAUUCUUUACUAGUAGCUUUAAAGUCUCUGACACAUGCUUAGAUAGCACUAACCCACUGCUGCUUAAACUUGCACUUAGGGGUGGUCCUGCUGUCAGGCAUGUAGCCACCCAUCCUAAGGAACUUAGUAACACUUGUGAAAGAGCAUAUGGUUUCAUAUCUGUACUGACUUCCUCACCAGACAAACCUGGAGCCAUCCCUGGGGUUUCCUAGCAGGCAGAAUGUGAUACACGAGAAUCCCCACCUUCUUCCUGGGGUGAGGAAAGUUGUUGUCUUUCAUUUUGCUCUCUAAUUAUAACAGUUGUUUCCAGGAGUGAUCUCUGUCUUGUUACAUAGACUUGCUAGGAGUAAUGAAGCUUCCAAGGCACCAGUAACGGCCUAAAUCAAUGCUAGGGUGAAAGGACUUUUUUUUUCUAUCCCUCCCCAUCUGUCUUUUGAGGUACUGAUUUUUGUCAAAAGCCUUCUGUAGUUUGAGAUGGGCCAAUGGCAGGUUGAGAGCAUGCCUGUGGAUUUUCAAGGGAGUGUGAAGAAGGAAUUAACGAUGCUGUAAAACUCAGCAGGAAGGGGUAAGAUGGUUUAAUUAAUGUAAACUUGCCUUAGCAGAAAGGGAGCAGUGUGGGACACACUGGAAAACUACCCCUCAGCAAGUACAUGUGCUACUGCUCUGGAGACUGAACAUCAGGGUAGCAACAGAAGGUUUUACACUGCUCCUCCCAAAUGCAAGCCCUGCUAUUGGGGGCUCACUUCUUCUAUGGACCAGAACUGAAUGAAGGGUUUGAGGCUUGGGGUUUCCAUCUACUGCAGUAGAUGGAAAGAGGGACGGAGAGGGAGGGAAGAAACACUGUACAGAGGAAGCUUUUUGACUGCAGUCCACAUGUACUGAAGUGUGUCACUUAGUUACUGUUAAGCUAUGAACUGGAACUCAAACUCUGUAAUGAUAAAAUACAGUCUGGGUUACAUGCAAAGAAGCCCUGCGAAGGCUGGUAUGCUGCUAGCUUACCAGAUGGCAGUCCACCCAUGUUUCACAAGUUCUUGAAAAACAGGGGAAAACAUGUAGCAAAUAUUUCUGGAAAAUUUCUUCUGAGAAGCACAAAAAAUAAAGCAGAAUAAAUCAAUGAUUUAUAGUCUUGCAAAUAUUUCUAAUAUUAUGAAUGCUUCCUCUGGGCAGGUUCUUUACUAUCACAUGCAAAGAGCAGGGGUUCAUUCAGCAAUGUGUAAACUGAGGGAGAAAUCUUUGAUGCUAGCCCCUAAGUCUUUUGCUAUAUCCUGCUGUGGAGAAAGCAUCUUCUUUGGGCAUCCUCCUUCUGAUGCUCACUUAAUUUUAUCUUGAGUUGGUACUAGGCUAGUAGUUGCAUUUCAGGUUGCAUACUUAAGCUACUGUAAACACCAUAACCUUUCAAAGUAGGUGAACAAGUAGCAAUCCAGCUUCCAAACAACUAUUUCUACACCUCUUGCCACUAGGAAAACAGUCAAAUGUAAGUUUAAUAUUAUUGUAUGUUUAAAAUCCAAACUACUCCUGGUAGUAGUUUGUAACAUAGCAGUUGGUUUUUUUUAAAAAAAAAAACUGCUAGCAAACUUCGUUCUAUUUCAGCUUCACCAGAGAUUAGUAUUUGCAGCAAAUACUAAUCUUCCAGGAGACCUUUGUAGAAAAGUAGUGUGUUCAUCUCCCCUUAUACUUUUUAAUUAGCCAAGAAUUAGAGGAAGGAUCUUACCAGCAGAGCAUUAACCUUUGUAUGGUUCAUGGGGUUUACUGCCCUCACUAGAUAUUACCAUAUGAAGUUAUUUUACUUACCCUCAGCAUGGUGGCUUCUGCAGGCUGAUGCUCCCUUAAUGGCCCAGCACUGCAGGGUGCCUGCCGUGAUCUUCCUGCACACAUAGAGCUUUUGGCAAAGUCAGUCCUUCCUUGGCAGAAAACUGCAGGCUCAGGGAGAACACAGCUGUGCUGUGCCCUUUUCUUUAACAGGUGUGAGAGGCUCCUUGCUACUCUUUCAAGAACCUAGUCUUAAAUACCUACCUGUUGUGCAAUUAAACAGGAGAUUGACCUUGCUUGGUUGGUUCUGUUUGGGAUCUUCCACAAGCCCUUUGGGCAGUUACAGGGAAUGGUUCCUAUAGGUUUGGGUUUUUUUUAAGCUGUCCUUGUGAAUGAGGAGUGAGUUGCACCAGUUGCUAACAAGGUUCUUCAGCGGUGUCUAUUAGUAGACAGUAUUAUUCAUGAGGUAAUACAGGAAGAAAGCUAUACGCUUAAAAAAAUCCCUUUACUAGAACAUGUUAUUCUAGACCGUAAGAUAACCACUAGACUAAAAAACAAGCACAGUGUAACUUCUGCAGUUGUGCCUUUCCCCACCACAGAGCAGAUGGAAGCAUGUGGCUACAACGCAAGUAGCAUUAACUGCUACAGAACCUUAUAGGGAUGUGUUUGUUCCCCCAGCACCAUAAGCAAAUCCAAUGUACUUCUUGACAGCAUCAUUAAUACACUUGUAGGAAGUGUUGCUUAUUGUCAUGUUUACAAUGCUAUUCUAGAAACUGCUACUGUCCCAGUGUUAAGUGCAGCUUGAUGAUGAGCUUAUUUGUUAAAUUUUUAUCUACUUCAAAGAAGUAUUUGAAUCUUAGCUGUGGCACAUUACUGAUAUCAUAGCUAUGCCAGAUGAGACUGAAGCAGCACCUAUCCACAUAACAGGGUAACAAAAAACCCCUAGAAGUAUUUUAAAAUGGAGCAAACUCUGUCACCUCCCAGAAGGUGACUGGUGUAAAAGCAAACAUAACUACAGCCCAGUGAUGUGUAAGGCACAUGGUGCUGCCUGUGUGGUCAAGCUUUUCUUCGUAUAUGGGGACAGGCUCUUAAUAAUAAAGCUGAGGUUCUUAUCUAAUCAUUCCAGUUAAUGUUUAAUUAUAGUUGGAAAGGAGACAGAGAAAGCAAUUUUCAGGCCCUGAAUGGAGACAGAAAGCUCCAUCUGGAGCCUUCUUUCAGGAAGGAGAUGCAUGCCUGUGCUUUUGGACAGGGAACGGGAACUGAAGUUUUCCCCCAGCCAGGUCAGCACUCUAACCGCAGCCAUUUUAAAAGUGCCCCAUCCCAGCUGUGGGCUGCCAAUGGGCAGAUUUUUAUAUAUCUCCAUUCCCAGAACAGCACAUUUGUCUGCAGACGGGGGGCUGGGCACUGGCUCCUGAAGCUAUUUUCAAGCACCUCUCUCAAGCAAGCAUGUUAAGUACUGGAACUACACAAGGCACUGCUGGGAGACCAGAGUCCUUUGACAGUAGUUUUAGACAGGCCAAGAGCCCCUUUAACCUAGGAGUAAUUCAACUUUUAAUAGGAACUUGCAGUUUGAGAGAGGUAGGACUUUUUAAAGUCUUUUAAAGCACUUUUUCUAGUGCUGUUACUCCAAAAUCAAAAGUAACUCAGCUGACUGCACAGGCUCUGCCAAUGGAAUAUCAUCAAGCUGCCACCAAACAGGUGUUGACUCUGGAAUGACUGCAGGUGACAAACAGCAUACCCACAGAGAACAGCAACAACAGCAAGUAGGGGCAGAAACUUAGCAUAUUUGUAAUCCCACAUUUCCUUGCUACAGUUGUGUCCAUGAACAUCCCUGCUUAUUUUCACUGCCAAGUCUGUCUAGUUUUGCUUUCCUGAAGCAAGGCUCACCACAACUACAGUUUAAUAAUGCCUCUCUAAUGCUAGCACUAGAGUAAGGCUGGCUUUGUAGCAACUUGACCCCUACAGCACAGUCCUGUAUUGUAUCUCAGCCUUAAGGGGACCAUAUGUAGAUUCUCUGUUGUUUUAGGCUGCUGCAGCAUUAGUAAUUCUGACUAUACAAGUUUUGUUCCAAAUAUGAGACACCCCAUACCUCACAGUAUCCUCCAAACAGAAACUGAUUUUGUACCUGCUGUAGUAGAAGAACCAGGCAUCCCCUCAACAAGCUUCUAACACACCUUGGGCUACAACUGGGAAAGAGCUGUGCUAUCAAGGUUUGAACUAAAGCAGCAGAGGUUGUAAGAAGUGUUCUUUGCCUGUAUGAUCACUUUCAAACCAAUUAGAAUGGGCAGCAGAUGUUUUGUACUUAUCACAAGAUACAUAUGGUUUGAUAUAAAAUUUUGUAUGUAUUUUUGCAUAGGGAGUAAAGUCAAGGCACUUGAAGUGAAAGCAUGUUGGUUUUGUUUUUGGUUUUUUUUUUUUUUGAAGAUUUUUGUUCUGAAAUCAAGAAUUUGCUGGUGGAUGUUUAUGGAGUCUUUAUCUUGACAUUACUCUCAUUGGCCUCUUCAUUUUCUGUACUUUGGAUAUUUGCUUAAGGAAAGUGUAGCACCCUCUGUAUUUUUACAUUAAAAAUUUGCCUUAAUUCUA